UAACCGCGUUAAUCGUUACUUUAGAUUUCAUAAACGAUUUGUACAUUGUCAUCGCAAAUGAUCAUAAAAUUCCGGAUAAUUUGAGACCUUUGCACAAGCACGUUCUGUGUAAGCAGUACAUAGAGGUACCAGAAUCGUGAUCUCUGCAAGAGACCUUUUGUAAAUUCAAAUUUGCUCAGCAAGCUUCAAGAUAAAACAGCGACGUCGAGCGUGGGAAUUGACAAUCAUUCAUGACUUGCUAUAAUUCAUCAAAUUUCGAGAAAAUUCUCGAGCUUUUAUCUCGCGCGUCGCGGUCUCGUCCGAAGCAAAUUCCAAUCGAACCGAUCUUCCGCCGAACACGAUACUUGGAGAUUUUCAAAAUCUCGAUACAUCAUCUUUCAACUUCAAAGAGCAAUCCAUAAAGCAUCCGAGGAACAGUGUUAACCGAAGCGAGAGCGUAAUUCGCGUUUGAUUCACAGCUAUGCCGUGAGACGUGAUUUAUUAUUUAUACUGGAAUUCAAGUGAGAAGAAAAAAUAAUGAAAGACUCCCAUGGAAGCCGUGUAUCAUACGUCAAAGUAAACUCAGCAGGCCAACUGCUCUAUCGGAAUGCACGAUUAAAAAAUAUAACAAACCUGGGCAAACACACGUGCUAGCGUAAGUAUUCUAUUGUAAUGUUGUAUGCGUAUACUAGUAUAGAUAGGAGGUCGAUCCAUAUAUAAGACAAUAAAUCGACGCUACCAAUCGCACCACGUCUUCGUCAGAACGGUAUAAUCAUAAUCUGUUCACGUGUUGAAAUCUCUCGAGAUGACCGCCGCUAGAUUCGCCCUGGUUAUCGCGCUGUUCGUCGUCGGCGUCCAGCAGAUUUACGGACACGGAAAGAUGACCGAUCCCAUGAACCGGUCCAGCGUCUGGAGGCUCAACCGAUUCGCCAAAGUGCUCGUUAACAACGAGGACAACGAGAACUUCUGCGGUGGUUAUGCGGUGCAGCACAAUGAAAACGGCGGCAACUGCGGACCCUGCGGCGACAACUACGUCGAUCCGGUCCCAAGGAACAACGAGAACGGCGGAAUCUACGGCGAAGGACACAUCGUCAGGAGAUACCAAGCCGGUCAGCGCGUCAAGGUAGUCGUCGACCUGAGCGCCAACCACCUGGGCUUCUUCCAGUUCUCGAUCUGCGAGCUGAAGAACAACAACGACGUCGAGACCGAGGAGUGCUUCGACAAGAAUCCCCUGAAGAUCGUCGACAAGAGCGGCGAGCUCGUCGACAGACAUCCGAUUAUCGCUGGCCAGAACGGUGACAUCGAGCUCGAGGUAGAGCUGCCCAAGAGCCUCAAGUGCGAGCGCUGCGUUUUCAGGUGGCACUACUCAGCCGGCAACAACUGGGGAUUUUGCAAUCAGAAGACUCUCGAGGGCAGGAUGGGCUGCGGACCUCAGGAGACGUUCCGUAGCUGUGCCGAUGUUAGCAUUCACCGAUGACAAAUUCAGUUGUUGGACUUGUUUUUCGUUGUUAUUUUUACGUUACUGUUGCUUGUUGUUUUAAGUUUGUAUGAAUGAUUUUUUACAAUAAAUUUUUUAACAAAAUGAAAA